GAGCCAGUUACAGGGAUUGAGAAUCUCUGGUCCUGAUGAAUACAGAAUUCUGCAUGUCCUGAAAAUGAAAUCUCUCAACAGGCACUGAUGCAAGCAAGAUUUCUUUGGAUCUGCAGUUUCAGCACUCAAAAAAAUCUUAGACCUAACUGCAUUAAGGCAGACAUUCUGUGUAGAUUAGGCUAUGCAUAAAUUCACAGCUUAUACUAGCGAAGGAAAUGAGACACCAAAAGCAGUGCAACGUAAGGUCUCAGGCCAGACUGAUGAUGUGUGCACCUUUUACUCCACCUCAGUGGCACUUCUGGAUUUCCACUUAGGAUAGGAUCUUGUUCAGAUAAUAUUUUCAGUCUGUAUCUCUUUCACUGGGAAGGCUGAAAAGGUGGAUGAAAAAGCCAACGGCACUUGUGAAAGAAAUGCUAUGAAAAAUAUCCAUUUUAACAACUGUAAGAUCUUCAUUUUUACUAUUAAAGGACUAAUUUUUGCAAAAUUAGUGGCCACAACAUUUGCUAACAAGUCAUUGCCUGUUAUAGAGGCAUGCAGGAAUCCAUCUGCACAGCUGCCCUUACUUCGACCCCAGGAAAGGCUGUGUGGGAAGUUCGUGUCUCAGAGCUGCAGCAUUGCUCUGCAGAGCGUCUGGAGCCAGUGUAUGCACAGAAACUGAUAAAUAGGGAAAAGGCCCAGUUUGCUCCAGCUGGACUCAGAGCUAGGAUCAUUGCUACAGCCACACGGACUUGCUCUUGAACUACCGAACCACUGGAAUCCAGAAACACAUCUCUCCACACAUUUCUGAAGAAAAAUGCAGACUUUGCCCAGGCCAAAUGGAUCUGACUGAUAAGGACCUCAUGAUUCAGUCUCUUUCUUAAAAGUCCAGCACAUAGAAAAGUGAAUGAAACAGUGAAACUGGGAGCAGACCAUGGCAAAUACAUUUGUCACUGUGCCUGAUGGGUAUUGUCUUGCUGAGCCCAUACAGUAUUAUGAUGUUUUACCAGAGCACAUCAAUUAUCAGCUGCAGGACACUGAUUUUCAGACUGCACCUUACUGCCAAUACUCAACAGUUCAAAUUCCUUCUCCAGUAUUGCAGUCACAGCCGUCCCAAUCCCAGUACAGCACAUACACCCUGGACUCCCAGUACAACGAUGGGCAGUACAGUAACUGCGAAUUAAGUAAGCCCCCUUUCAUGACUUCCCACCUUGAUGAUAGUGGGUAUCCAGGACUUAAAAGGCCCAGACUAAACCACUCUUCUUUGAGAUUAAAGGGACAGGAAGAGCUUUGUGUUGUCUGCGGUGAUAAAGCCUCCGGGUAUCACUACAACGCACUUACUUGUGAAGGUUGUAAAGGCUUCUUUCGACGCAGCAUAACCAAAAAUGCAGUGUAUCGAUGUAAGAACGGUGGUCAUUGUGAAAUGGACAUGUACAUGCGGAGGAAGUGUCAGGAAUGUCGCUUAAAGAAGUGUAAAGCUGUGGGAAUGCUAGCGGAAUGUUUGCUGACUGAAGUACAGUGUAAGUCAAAGCGCCUCAGGAAGAAUUUCAAACAAAAGAGCAGUUUUGUUUGCAACAUAAAACUUGAAGAUGAGAGACUGAAUAGUAAGCAUGUAUCAUCUACAACAAGAUCUGGAAAAAUUCCAGAGAGGAUGGAACUUACUCCAGGGGAACAUCAACUUCUUGACCACAUUGUAGCAGCACACCAAAAAUAUAUGAUUCCCCUUGAGGAAGCAAAAAAGUUUCUGCAAGAAACUGCAAGUCCUGAGGAAAGUUUUCUCCGUCUCUCUGAGACGGCAGUUGUCCACGUACAAGUGUUAGUGGAUUUCACAAAAAGACUCCCAGGAUUUGAAAGUUUAGCUAGUGAAGAUCAGAUUGCACUGCUAAAAGGGUCAACAGUUGAGGCAAUGUUUUUGCGGUCAGCCCAGAUAUAUAACCAAAGAAUUAGUGAGUGCCAAUCAUCAACAAGUGAAAGUCAUAUAAGGCUUCCUGAUCACGCGACGUGUUGUCAUGUUCAAAACCUUGAUAAAAACAUUUAUUCUAUUGAAAUAUCACACAACGAAGAGAGUCCAACGUCCACUACUACCACAGGUAUAACCGAGGAGUUUAUUACCGCACUGUUUUACUUCUACAGAAGCAUGGGGGAGCUGAAAGUUACUGAGACCGAAUACGCCCUGCUUGUAGCAACAACCGUGUUUUUCUCAGACCGCCCGCUCCUGAGGAACAAGCGGCACGUCGAGGAGCUGCAGGAGCCGCUCCUGGGCAUCCUCUACAAGUACUCGAAGAUCCACCACCCGGAGGACCCCCAGCACUUCGCCCGCCUCAUCGGGCGCCUCACGGAACUGCGCACCCUCAACCACACCCACGCGGAGGUGCUGGUGACGUGGCGGACAAAGGACCCCAGGCUGACCUCGCUGCUCUGCGAGAUCUGGGACCUGCAGUAGCACGCGCCGACGCCGCGCGACGCAGCGCCACAAGCGCCUCGCGCCUUCCUCAGCGCUGUUCCCGCCCCGCCCCGCACCGCGCAGCCCGGCGCGCGCCGCUCCCGCCACCUCCCGUCCCGCUUUGAGCGCGCGCCGUCGCCUCCCGCCCUUGCGUCCUCUCCGUCGGCGGCCGGCUGAGGGGGAGCCGCUGAGGUGGCGGGGGGCGUCCGUCACGAGGCGUCGGCUCCGAGCCCUGCCCUCUCCCCCGACGCCAUGGAGAAAGGAAAGCCAUUUAAACUGUUCGUGCCGCCGCGCCUGAGCAGCGGUCAGGUGUCUGCGGUCAAACCCCAGAGCAGCGCUCGGGCCGCGGGGCUGUGUCAGGUAAAUGGCGCUGCUCUGGGGGCUGCGGGCGGGCGGGGGGCAGGAGGAGCGGCGCUCCCGGGCAGCUCCCAGCCAAGCGCUCAGCCCCCGUGUGCCUGAAAGCGUCUGCGCCGAGAUAGCUUUACCGGAAACUAGCGUUGACGAUUUCAAAUUAAUUUCGAGGGCUUUCUUACUCGUUUUCUGUCAAAAACGUAAAGAACCGUCUUUUCCGGCAUCUGCUAUGUGUUUUAACUCCGCACCACCGAUGACAAAUAAACGUACAUGUUUGAUGUGGUUAAUUCUGAACUGUCAGUGGCAAAUACACCGCUCAUACCUUUACUUGCUUUGAAUUAUUGACCCCACCAGAUCCAAGUGCGCAUUGAAAAUGAACUGUUGCUGUGCACUGUUACGUGAAUUUUACGAGAUACCUUUUCGAGUUGAGGCGUCUUAUUAAAUAUGUUUAGAUUCAGAUAUGAUGCUGACAGGAAAUGAGUUACAGUAUUUACAAGAUAAAUUUCUGUGACUUUCAAAACACCUUGUAAAGUCAAAUGUUUAUGCUAAAGCGUAAUCUGAUGUGUUUUAGAAGUACUAUUGGCAAUAAAGCAAAAAUAAAUAUGAAAAAAAUA